GAUGACAAUUCUAAAACACAAGUUCUUCCUUUUAUCGUUAUUGUGCUUAACAUGUUUAUGGACGGUUGUAAUAUGUCAGAAUAGUUUAAAUAUUAUAAGAGAGUGGGUUCAAUUGGAGUUCGUAUAUCCUAAUGAAGAGGCUCGCGUCAGGGCUGUAACUAAUAAGUAUUUUGUUCCCGAGGUUUCAAUACCUAUUGAUGUCGAUGUAUAUUAUGGAUACGGAACACAAAACCCGCGUAUCUUCAUAACAGUACCUCGGUUUGAUGUUGGUCGACCGAUAACAUUGGGUACAGUUGGUGAAGAUGGUCGCAUAUCAGGCUACCCAGACUACUCUUGGCAUGAUUACCAAGGAAAAAAUUGCGAAGGACUCACCUCUGUUUUCAGGGUCGCUAUAGACAAUUGUCAUCGACUGUGGGUUGUGGACACUGGCAAGAUUGGGAAUCAACAGAAGUGCCAGCCGCAAGUUCUGGCAUUCGACUUAAAAACAGAUCAAUUAAUUUACCGCCACAGAGUGCCUUCAGAAAACUUUAUAGCAACGACACGAUUUAUAACCCUAGUAGUGGACGUAAGAGGUUCUGGUCCAGAUGACUGUGCUGACACGUUCGUAUAUGUGGCUGAUGUGUCCGGCUUUGGACUACUAGUAGUCGACGUCGCUAGAGAUCGUUCUUGGAGAGUCACUCAUCGAUACUUCUUCCCAUAUCCCUCACGCGGUCUUUUUAUUAUUGACGGUGAAAGUUUCAACAUCAUGGACGGUGUUUUGGGCAUGGCCCUAUCACCAUAUGUUGAGGGAUCUGAUCGUUUGUUAUAUUUCCAUGCAUUUGCUUCCACUACCGAAAAUGUAGUGAGAACAAGCUUAUUGCGAAAUGAUUCAUUUAUUGAAGACCCCAAUGCCAAUCCCAAUUCUAUAAAUGUCUUCCAAGCAGAACGUCCGAGUCAGUCUGGGGCAGAAGCAAUAGAUGACGAUGGUGUUCUAUAUUUUGGUCUCGUAGAACCUCCCAGCAUGUGGUCCUGGAACACGUCCACAAAAUUCUCUCCCUAUAAUUUUAAUGAGAUCGCAGUCAACGGAGAGUUAUUACCAUUUCCAUUGGGUGUGAAAGUUGUUAGCAAUCCUAAAGGUCACCAAGAAUUGUGGCUACUGACAUCGAACUUUCAUAGAGUAAUUUCUGGGAAUCUAACAUCAGACAGAAUAAAUAUAAGACUUCAUGCUGGAACAAUUCCGGCACUGCUGAGAAAUACGAGACAUUACUAAAAUACAAAUAAGCAGAAAGCAUUUUAUCAUUUUUUAUUCCAAUACACAACAACUACACGAGGUCAUCAUAUAUUAAUGCCUGGUCGGUUUCAAGCAAAGCUCACACAUAUGCAACUAGAGUGAUAGCGCCAUAGCAUAUCAAGGAAUUACAAGUACCACCCUCUGAAGAUGCUGAUUCCUUCACACGAUAUUCUUCCUGCAAUAUUUCAAUCAAAUUUUCACUAUACAGAGUUGGUGUUGAAAGAAACAUAUCAAUAUUGAUGUCCUAAAACUAUUUCUUAUAUUAUUAAUGUUUU